UUAUCACCACCCUCCCUUCUGCUACCACACGCCCGGCGGCCCCUGAACACCCUUGCGGCGGACACGAGGAUAGGACGUUAAUUAAAGGCGCCAAGGGAAGGAGCAUCAGGACUUAAGGACCUGAGGAGUAAUAUAAGGCGGCACAGGUCUAAAGAAGAGGAAGGUCCCGAGCAGUCCUGAGCAGCCGUGGUCCAUGGCCCGCCCCGCCUCCUGAGCACUUAACAAGCACAAAGGGACCUCUUAACCAUGGCCUCCGGGGGUAGUCCAGCUAAUUGUCUGGAAUUUUUACGUCAAAUCGGCCGUUUAAAGCACCUGAAGAGAACGGGAUGGGUGAUGCGGAAUGUCAGUGAACCAGAGACUGUGUCCGGCCACAUGUACCGGAUGGCAAUCAUGUCCUUCCUCUUCGAUGCAGAGGAUGGUGUCAACAGAGACCAUGUGAUAAAGAUGUCCCUCGUCCAUGACAUGGCUGAGAGCGUCGUAGGGGACCUGACCCCUCACUGCGGCGUCUCCGAUGGGGACAAGCACCAGCGGGAGGUGGCGGCCAUGGAGAAAUUCAGGUCAUUGGUGGGCCAGAAGGCUGGACCAGAGAUGUAUAACCUGUUCAUGGAAUAUGAAGAACAGAAAACCAAAGAGGCCAAACUUGUAAAGGACUUAGACAAGUUUGACAUGAUCUUACAAGCAUUUGAGUACGAAACUGAUCAGACUCGCGCCGGGACCCUGGAGGAGUUCUUUAAGUCGACUGAGGGGAAGUUUUCACACCCAAAGAUCAAAUUAUGGGUUGAACAACUUUACAAGGAGAGGGAGGCUAAAAAGACUAAAGAUGUCAAUGAUGUGAAACAAUGAAGUAUUUAUUCUUAGUAUAAGGAAUUAAACAAUUUUAUUAUCUAGAAAUUUAAUUUAUUUUGAGACAAUCUUUUGUCAGUUUCUACAUUUGUACCAUUGAGGUUGGUGAUUAUGUUGGGGAGUGUUUUAUAUGCAACAAUGUAUUACUUGUGCUCUUGUACAUGGCCUGAGGCUUUCUUUGACUUGAAAAUUAGUAUCAACGCUUUUUCCCUGUUGCGUCAUUCAAGGCUGGGGACCCAAAAGUCUAAGGAAUAAAUAUUUUUUCCCUGUUGCAUCAUUCAAGGCUGGGGACCCAAAAGUUUAAGGAAUAAAUAUUUUUCCCUGUUGCAUCAUUCAAGGCUGGGGACCCAAAAGUCUAAGGAAUAAA